AUGCCGUGUGAGAAGUUGUCAAAGGCUUUGCUGAAGUCCAGUUUGACAGCAAGAUUUGUACCUGCCUGGAGCCUUUUGGCAGAACCAAAAGUUAUUUCUAAAGGAGAAGGUGAAGUUUUCAGGGAGCUGUCCUGUCCCUUUUGUGCUGUGACACUGUUUUAUGUCUUCAUUUUCAGCUUCCUUGUGUUUCUGAAGUAUCAGAUUUAUUAUGGUUACCCUCUGCAGACUUACCUGGAAUAUCCUAUCCUCAUUGCACAAGAUGUCGUUCUCUUCUUGUUUAUUCUGCAUUUCAGUGGAAACAUGAAACAAGCGUUGCUCUACACAGUCACAUUUGUAGGGGGGUGGUAUAUGCUGACACUGCAGAAGUGGAUAAUAGACCUGGCCAUGAAUCUCUGCACGCUGAUCAGUGCUGCAAGUAAGUUUGCUCAGCUGCAGUGUCUCUGGCAGACCAAAGAUUCCGGACAAGCGAGCGCCUUGACCUGGAGCAUGUCUGCAUAUACCUGUGCAACAAGAAUACUUACAACUGUAAUGACUACGAAUGAUCUUAUAGUUCUCAUCCGUUUCAUAACCAUGCUCGUUCUCAAUAUCUGGGUCACAGCCACAAUCCUGCACUACAGGAAAACUAAAAAGACUGACUAGAAGACACCCCCGAGCACACAACAUAGUUACCAUUAA